AAAGCCAGCUCAAAGUAUUGCCGAUAAGACAAUUAACUUAGAACACGCAAAUUAAUUGCAGCUACAGCUCUGUGCGAGAGGGUGGCAUAAACUAUUAAAUAUAUGAGCAGCUAAACAAAAACGUUCGUGUCAGUACAGUGCUUAAAAUAGUUAAAUAAAAUGCAUAGCAACAUAUGAGUGGAUUAAUCGACAACUCUGCUUACCCAGCGUAGCUAUAAGACUCCACACAUGUAGAUUAUUGCGAAGAAAAACAUAUUUUCAACUACACAGUACCCACUGCAACAUGCAGGAUGCUCCGGAGCCCGCGUCAAGCAGCAGCAACAUCAUCAGCAAGCUGAAAAAUGCAAUAACGGAAUUGGGUAAUUCAGAGGGAGAUGCCGGAGCGUGCACCAUUUGCGGCAGCAGCAAAUCCUCGUCUUCUUCUUUGUUAGAUCUGAGGGACAACAGCGUAAUGCAGCGGCGUCUCAGUCGCGACUGGAAGCUAUCGGCAGAUAUCAUCAAGAGUACGCUGAGAGCCAUAUGCGUAGAAUGCGUGUGCAAGCUAAAUAUGCACUCUGAGGUAACCCGGACCCUGAUGCAACGCUUGCAGCGCAUAACGGGCACAAGCAAGCAGCCUGAGCGACGACAGUGCAGUCCCCCAAUAGCGGAUGCUGAGGUGUCGACAACUGGAGUGCCAUUGCCACAGGAAGAUGUUGGCACAGUUCGAACGGCAUCGUCAACAUCCAGUUCAUCAUCAUGCCUGGUGCUGCAGGCCUACUCAGCUCAGCCACCAGAAUCUCCCACUGCCACCGAAUCGGGUGGUCUGCGCAACAACAGCGGCAACGCUUUGGACGGCUGGAAAUGGCGCACUCGACUCGUUUGCCAGCACUGUGAGCGUGCCUACUUUCGGAAGGAUCAUUAUACAGUGCACGUGCGUCGCUGUUGGCGUCAGCAAACACAGCGUCGACCCAAAUGCAGAGUGCUCAAUGAGGCAGGCAAGGAUGAUGAUGAGGAUGACAAUGUGGACGUGGGAGACAUUGAAAAUGGGGAACAACUGCGGCAGCAGACGCCACGACACUCGCGUACCUUUCAAUGCAAAAACUGUGACAAGGAAUUUGCUGGCGUUGUUGCGCUACGGCAGCAUCAGCGCCUCACACAUCAAUGCAGACACCGCUGCAGCCUGUGCGAAGCGGACUUUGGCACAAAGUACGAAUGGGAGCUCCAUCAUACGAUAUGCAGUGCAAAGCAGGAGGCUUUGCUAAUGCAAGAGUCUGCCACCCAGGCACGAUCUACACGUUCGCGUUCGCGUGCCUGCUCGUUAGCCUGGUAUGAGGAUGAUGAAGAACAGGCCGAAGAGGAUCAGCAGGAGAAUGAUGAUGCCACCUCGGUGGCGGACACGAUGUACACAAGGCGUAUGAAUUUUACCGGCGAUUGGAUCGUGAAUCACAGUCGCAGCAAUAGCAAUAGCGCACUUAAUCUAUCCAUGCUCUAUGAUGAUUACGUGCUAGAGGAGUCUCAAAUUACUACAGAUAAGGAGUAUGAUCUCUACUUGCUGGAUCUGCUGAAGACUCAGGUGCAGCUGAAAGCCUUCUCGUGCUUCGUGCCCAACUGCUGCUAUCAAACGGACACCCUAGUGGAUCUAAUGAAGCACGACUACAUGCAGCACUGGAAGAUGAGCUGGUUCUAUUGCCACAAAUGCGGCGACGUCUUCACCAGCAAGGUCUUCUUGGACUAUCACUUGCAUCGCCAGAAUCGCGGCGUUUAUAUCUGCCACAAGUGUCAUGAUGAGUUUGAGUUCCAGCAUCAGUUGGAUCGUCAUCAGGUGCUGCAUAGCAAAGGCAUCAAUUAUUACUGCAACUAUUGCCGCUUGGAGUUUCUGAGUGAGGCCAAACUGUUGGCCCACUGCGAGCAUGAACGUCACAGUCCCAACGAUGAGCCACCAUUGAUACACAUCGAGCACGAGCUGUCCAUUAGCAAUCCGGUAGCCAAAGAGCCAGUCAAGUUGCAGCAUUAUACGGUGCGUGUGCUAAACAUACCACACAUGCCAUGGAUAUCCAAUCGACCCAUGCAUUUGCCUCAUCACAAACCCUUUCGUUUUGCCAUUGGCAUCUGCGAGUUCGAUAACCGCAAUCCGCCCAACUGCGUGGGCUGCCUGUAGAGCACUUACAGUUGUCCGAUUCGAGUCCAUGUGUAUUUGAUAAAGCUGCCUGUAGUAAUGUACUUAGAUCUUUGUAUAUAUGUGUGUGU